CUCUCCAGCACCAGCCUGGCCAAGCCAAGCGCGGCCUUUCCCUGACCCCAGGAGGCAACAUGCCAGGGCAAAGUCCCCGAGGGUGUGAACCCCAAUGUCCCAACCCCUGGGCGGGGACGGGCUGCGGCAGUGCGGGGAGCGGUGGCCAGCACAACCCGCGCAGCCCUGCCGCGAGCCGCCGAGUCCCCCGGGAGCCUCCGCCGCCACGCUAGGUCCGCAGCGAGGAGCCCCCGCGCUCAGGGUCCGCGUCGCGCCCCGCCAGCCCCGCUCCCGCAGCCCGCGCUCCUCCGAGGCCCGCGCCCCGCACCGCCACGCCCGCGCGCGCGCCCCGCAUCUCCAGGCCCGCGUCCUUCCGCGGCCCGCACCGCCAGGUCCAGACCCCCGCCGUCCAGCCGGCCCGGGAGCUGCUCGCAGGCCCGCGCCACCGCCGCUGCCGCCGCCACCCGCCGCCGCCGCCAUGGCGGAAGUCCACAGACGUCAGCAUGCUCCGGUUAAAGGAGAAGCCCCCGCGAAAUCCUCCACACACAGAGAUGAGGAGGAGCUGGGGAUGGCGCCGGCCGAAACGCUGACGGUGUUCCUGAAGCUGCUGGCCGCCGGCUUCUACGGCGUGAGCUCCUUCCUCAUCGUGGUGGUCAACAAGAGCGUGCUCACCAACUACAGAUUUCCAUCCUCCCUAUGUGUUGGACUUGGCCAGAUGGUGGCCACGGUAGCAGUUCUCUGGGUGGGAAAGGCACUCAGGGUAGUGAAGUUUCCUGACUUUGACAGAAAUGUACCUCGAAAGACCUUUCCACUACCUCUACUGUAUUUUGGGAACCAAAUCACCGGACUGUUCAGCACAAAGAAACUGAACUUGCCCAUGUUUACAGUUCUGAGAAGGUUCUCCAUUCUGUUUACAAUGUUUGCUGAAGGAGCUCUACUCAAGAAGACUUUCUCUUGGGGUAUUAAGAUGACUGUAUUUGCAAUGAUUAUUGGAGCCUUUGUAGCUGCCAGCUCUGACUUGGCAUUUGACCUGGAAGGAUACGUUUUUAUUUUGAUCAAUGAUGUCCUGACAGCAGCAAAUGGUGCAUAUGUGAAGCAGAAGUUAGACUCAAAAGAGCUGGGAAAGUAUGGCCUGCUCUAUUACAAUGCACUGUUCAUGAUCCUUCCCACCCUGGCCAUUGCUUAUUUCACAGGAGAUGCACAAAAGGUGAUGGAGUUUGAGGGCUGGACAGACACCCUGUUCCUUCUGCAGUUCACCCUCUCCUGUGUGAUGGGGUUUAUCUUGAUGUAUGCCACAGUGCUGUGCACUCAGUAUAAUUCUGCUCUCACCACAACAAUAGUUGGCUGCAUUAAGAAUAUAUUAAUAACUUAUAUUGGAAUGGUCUUUGGUGGAGACUAUAUUUUCACAUGGACAAAUUUUAUUGGCCUAAAUAUCAGUAUCGCUGGAAGCCUGGUGUAUUCUUACAUCACUUUCACUGAAGAGCAGCUGAGCAAACAGUCAGAGGCCAAUAACAAGCUGGACACUAAGGGGAAAGGAGCGGUAUGACCUGCUGGCCGCCGCUUGUGUGCCCUGAAGACACUGAAGGGUGCGGACUCGGGGAGUAAUAUUCCUUUGCAGUUGUAUGACCCUAGGACUGAUUGUUGCCUUUGAAAAUUUAUUGACUGUAUGUUAACUAUGUUUGAAUUAAUUUAUGUCAGACUGGAAAA